CCCCAUUAUUAAGUUGUUAUUAACUGAUCAUUUACUUGUUUCUUUCUUUCCUUCUUUCUUUAUUUCUUUAUUUUUUUCUGAUUUUAUCCUUUACUUUUUUGUCCCUUUAACUUAUUUAUUUUUCACUUGCCUCUAUUCUUCCCUCUUCGUCCAUGCCCAUGUUUUACUAUUUGUUUUUAUCUUUUCCUCCCUCCAAUAUUUCCCCUUUCCUCCCGCAGCCAUGCAAAGUCUAAACACUCACUCAGUUACCGCGACAUUUUCCAUCAGCGCUUUUAUGUGCGUGCAUCUCCCGCCUUAGGCAAGAAAGCAUCCCCCCUGUAAAAUUUAUUCAUGACCCACAAUGCAUGUAAAUUGUCCUCACAAAAGUAAGUUAAACCCUGUUAUUUUGCUACGCUGGACUAAGCCAUAACAAGGCAGGAUUGACUAACGCACACCGCGGGGUCAUUUCUCGUCCACGCCACAAACACUCGAGCCGCAGUGGAUGUCGGACGGUUAGGCGGAUGAGUUGACUGGGGAAGACCCUUUCAAAUUACCCCACACAGCCAUCCAGUGCCACUCUGAGUAACAAUGGACCAGAUAACCGACCACUUCCGCCUUUCCACCGCUAAAGCCCGCUAGUAAAUCAGGUCGUGAGCCAUACACUGCAGUAGGGAGCGCACUCACCUGCACAGUACACACACACACACACGUCCAGGGGUUUGAUGGACACGCGCGACGCAACCUGAUCCUUGACUUUUUUUUUACUCAAUGCACUCAUGUGAUUGAAUGGAAACUGAGUGCCUGUGUUUGGGAGAUUUGUGAAAGCCUUUUUUUAUUCUCGAAAUCUAUUUGAUCUGUUGGAAAUCGAGUGAAUCUGGCAUCAAAUAAGAUUUCUGUGGUCUGUGAAUGCCUCAAUAGUGGUGGUGGUGGUUGUGAGUCAGAAAGCAACAAGAGAACCAUGCGAGGGUGGAGGAGGCUUCAGCUGUGCCUUCUACUGGGCGCUGCUACCUGGCCCGCCGCUGUUCUCUCCCAGGACUGCUCCUUCAACGAGGAGAACGGCGAGGUGUCCACGUGCGAUCUCGUUAUGGACGUCGCGGCUUUCCAUCGGUCCCCCUGGAAAACUGGAAGAGGCAGUUCCUAUCUCUGGCAAGGAGGACCCAAAGAAGACGCCCAGGGCAGCUCCUCAGGCGGGUACGGGUUAGCCACCGUGACGGACAUGGCACGAAAGGAGGCGUGGAUGGUGACCAGUCCUGCGUCCACCACGGGACCUGAAGGGAGCUGCGUCACAUUCUCGUUCUUCAUGGGUCAGCUGGGUGUGGAGUCCAUGAAGGUACUACUUAUCACCUACGACAGCGACGACCCAAUGCAAGCCAUCACCAACACCUCCAUCCCACUGAACUUCCGCCCUAUGACCCUGUGGCGGAGACGGCAGACCACAGGCGGUGACUGGCGGCGGGCAGCGAUCACCUACUCAACGAGACAGAAGCACAGUAUCGUAUUCUCCGCCUCCCCCGACGCCAGCUACACUAGAUACCGCGGCUUUGUGGCGGUGGAUGACAUCAUUUUCAAUGCAGGACCUUGUGAGAACGAGUGUCUCUUUGAUCAAGACUUCUGCAGUUGGAAUAACGCACUUGACGAGGACGACUUCGACUGGAGCCUCGGGUGGAGCAGCAACAAACGUGGAACGGGGCCGGCCAAGGACCAAGCUUCCUCCCUCGACCCUCACGUCACUACAGGAGGUUACGCGUACAUAGACAGUGAAUCGCCCAGAUUGUCCGGGGAAACUGCCAGGCUGGUGUCUGAUGUGCUGCAGCCUCGUGAGGAGCCGCUGUGCUUUCAUUUCUGGGUCAACAUGCACGGCGGAGGACUGGGCGCCCUUAGGCUGCUUCACAUGUCAACGGACGAGGUCAACGCCACUACAGUGCUGUGGCAGGUCAACCCAGACUCAACCAGUGGCACUGAUCUCUGGUACGCCUGUCAGCAAACUGUAGCCAUCGACCAGGAGAUCCAGCUGGUGUUGGAGGCGUCCGUCGGGUCUGUCGGUGCUGGGGACAUCAGCCUUGACUCUUUCAGGUUCACGCAAGGCCCUUGUCCGAGUCAGCCGUCGGGCACCAGCGCGUUGUGGGGAGACUGCACCUUCGUGGGCGGGACGUGCAAGUGGCAGGUGCCUGGCAGGAGCCCCUACGACUGUGCCUUCCUCUCCAGAGUGUCAGGAGGCCACUACGAUCCCCCAGGACACACCGAGAGUUGGUUCCACUUCACGGACAAGUACAUGAAGUUUGACCUCAACUGCUACACCAACCAACCCCGAGACAGAGCGGCAAUGGUGUCCCCGAAGAUCAAGGAGGACUCUGGUGUCUUCUGCCUCUCCUUCUGGGUCUACAUGUUCACGAAUGUCGCCUCGCAAAGACACUUGGGAGCUCUUCAGGUCGUGCUUAUGUACCCGAACAAGAACGUGACGGUGUGGCGGCUGCAAAACAAACAACACUCCCAUUGGAACUACGCUCAGGUGCCGGUGCCCGUCUUGUCAGACCCCCUGCAGGUGGGUAUCGAGGGCGUGCAGGGACCCAAGGUGAUGGGCAUGAUGGGCGUGGAUGACAUCACGGUCUUCUCCUCGUCUCAAUGCUCAGUGGUGCCGGCAUCAGCAAGUGUCGGGGAGGCGGACUGUACCUUUGACCACAACUUCUGUCACUGGAAGAUCGAGGACCACACGGCAGACAAGCCCGACUCAGACACCUGGCACCUGCCGCGGGACAACCGUCUGAUCAAGGACCACACCUUCAACGCAGACGGAGGCGGCUUUGCUUACCUGUUCUCCUUCAGAAGCAAAAAGGAGAGUCGCAUUUCGAGUCCCAAGCUGGCGGAAAACACACCUUACUGCCUUUCCUUCUGGUUCUCUGAGAUUUACGAAGACGAGGACGCCGAGCUCUCCAUAGCAAGGGUGAGGGAAGGGGAGGAGGAGGUGGUGGUGUGGAAUAUCAAGCAAAAGGAGCUGACGGACCCUCCAGUUAGUGAUCAGAGCCCAAAGUGGCGCUAUGCUCAGGUCCUCCUCGAGUCCCAGCCCUCAGAAUAUCAGGUCGUCAUUCACGGCAAGGUGUACGACAGUUCCUGGGCUUUGGACGACAUCACCUUCUUUCCUGACCGCACCAAUUGCAAACUUCUCCCGAGGAAGGUGCAGCCAGUGAGGGACGAUGCGUAGCGCUGUUCUCUUUCUACUUCAGUUCUUCCUGCGUCACCAUUCUAGAGUAGGUCAUCAGCUGGGCCAGGACAGUGUUGAGGAGACAACCUGCAAUAGGAAUAUGCAAUAAAUUGAAUGAAAUCGAAGAUGGAGUGACGUAUUUCUAAAGCAACUGAUUAGAUCUUCCUCAACUGCAAAAAAAAGUAGAGACAAGUUAUCUGCCCUACAAAGUGUCUGCUUCAGCAAUAAAAUCAUAAAAUGAGUAAAUUCAGUAACGGAAUGAUAAAUUUAUAACAACACUACUAUUCGUCAUUUGUUAUUCCUUACCAGCAAAAUGUUGUACAUGACUUGCAUAGGUCACUGAAGGUGCAGGAUGUUGAAGGCGUAGGAUGUUGUAGGUGUAGGGUACCGAGUGUAUAGAAUAUUGCAUUUAUUUGACCAGUAAACACAUCGUAAGUUAAA